UUGGUAAAAUAUGAAUUGUCUUCACAAUUUACAAAUAAGAAAGUUUAUAUAUAAACAAAUUAUCCAGUAGUUUUAUACUCUCCAAGCUCCGCUGAAUAAAAUGGAAAAUUCAUAUUUUGCUGCUACUGGUUCUUGGUUGUUCUUCUCUCCACUGCGUACACAAGGCCAUCAAGAAUCUUGUCAUGUCCGAUCAAAGCAAUAGCUUCUGCGUAGGUCAGCUAUCGUUCAGCACCACACUUUAAUUCUAUCACACAAGCUAUGAUUUCCACCUUCUAAAUCGUUUCAACAAAUCAAAUCUACACUUUUUUAUUAAGAAUUGUUCUUCCGCUGUGUGUGGUGUGAAGUUAAGGAGUAAACACUACCAAUUGAAGUGUAUAAUUCAUAGAUGGUGAAAACUAAAUCAGGGCUUCAAUGGUUUUGGCCCUGCUUCGGUGGUCGAUCAUCAUCCUCUAUCGUCCAUUCACAGGGACCUACUUCUUCUUCUUCAUACCAAAACCAAGACUACAGAUAUGAUGUGUUUAUCAGUUUCAGAGGCCCUGACACCCGCAAUUCUUUCGUUGACCAUCUAUGCUCUCAUCUCCUUCAAAAGGGCCUUUUUGUAUUGAAGGAUGAUCACAAACUACAGAAAGGAGAAUCCAUUUCCCGCCAGCUUCUACAAGCAAUUCAACAGUCACGCCUUUCUAUCAUUGUCUUUUCCAAAAAUUAUGCUUCCUCAACUUGGUGUUUAGACGAAAUGGCCGCUAUAGCUUCUUGCAAACAACGAUCAAACCACAUUGUUUUCCCCAUUUUCUAUGAUGUAGAUCCAUCUCAUGUAAGACAUCAGAAUGGGGUAUACAAGAAUGAUUUCCUUUCACACAGAUGGAAAUUCGGAAAAGAUCGGGACAAGGUUCCUGGAUGGAAGAGGGCUAUGACGGAUUUUGCAAAUUCAGCUGGUUGCGAUAUCAGGGACAAGCCAGAGUUUGAACAGAUUCAAAUUAUUGUUCAAACAGUAAUUAAAAAAUUAGGUCAUAAGUUUUCAUGGUCUGUCAAUGACCUUAUUGGGAUACAACCACGCGUACAAGCAUUGGAAGAUAAAUUAAGAUUAGGCUCAAACAGUGAUGAUGUUCAAGUUUUAGGAAUUUGGGGAAUGAAUGGAAUAGGAAAGACUACUCAUGCAGCUGUCCUAUAUGACAAAAUCUCUCAUAGGUUUGAUGCUUCUUGUUUCAUUGAGGAUGUGAGCAAACUUUAUAGGGAAGGUGGCCAUUCUGCUGUUCAAAAAGAAAUUAUUUAUCAAACUUUACGUGAAAACAUAGAUAUGAGUAAUCCUAUUGAAAUAUCAAGGAUUGUAAACAAUAGGCUACACAGCAUAAAGGUCCUCAUAGUUCUGGACAAUGUUGAUGAAUUGGAGCAAUUGGAAAAUUUGGCUAUAAAACCAAAAUUGCUUUUGAAGGGAAGUAGACUAGUUAUUACAACCACAGAUGAGCAUAUUCUGAAAGUGUGUGAGGGUGAGUGUUUACACAAAGUUCCGUUAUUGAAUGAUAAGGAUGCUCGUGAAUUGUUCUGUAGAAAGGCUUUCAAAAGUGAAGAGCAAAACAGUAAUUGUGCCGCGUUAAUUCCUGAAGUACUCAAUUAUGCCCAAAGUCUCCCAUUGGCAAUUAGAGUGUUGGGUUCUUUCUUGUGUACUCGAGAUGCUGUUGAAUGGAGAGAUGUGUUGAAUAGAUUGAAGAAUAGUCCAGAUAAUAAAAUUAUGAGUGUACUACAAAUAACUGUUGAUGGACUACACCAUGAAGAAAAACAGAUAUUUUUACACAUUGCAUGUUUCUUUAAAGGGGAGAGGGAGGAUUAUGUUAAGCGAAUUCUAGACUGUUGUGAGUUAUACCCUCACAUUGGAAUUUCAAGACUCAUUCAGAAAUCACUCAUCACCAUUAGCAAUGAAGAACUUCAGAUGCAUGAAUUGUUACAAGAAUUAGGAAAGAAAAUGGUUCGAGACCAAUCUCCCGAGGAGCCAGGAUUAUGGAGUAGAAUAUGGCUUCAUAAAGACUUCUUUCAAGUCUUGAUGACAGAAACGGGAACAGAGAAGGUGAAAGCCAUAGUUUUAAAUAAAAAAGAAGAAAUGGCAGAAUGUAGUGUUGGUGGAUUGUCAAGAAUGAAGGACCUUACAUUACUCAUAUUAUAUCACACAAGAGUUUCAGGAAGACCGGAGUUUCUUUCAGACAGAUUGCGUUAUGUUUUGUGGCAUGAUUAUCCAUUUGCUUCUCUGCCUCCGUACUUUAUAGCCUCUAAUCUAGUAGAUUUGAAUAUGCCUAACAGUCACAUCACACAUUUAUGGGAAGGCCGCAAGAGUUGUCCUAAUUUGAAAAGGAUGGAUUUAAGCAACUCCAGGUACCUGAUUAAGACUCCCGAUUUUUCUAGAAUCACAAAACUUGAAAGAUUAGAUCUUUCUGGAUGUACAAGUUUAUCAGAGAUCCAUUCAUCAAUCGGACUUCUUAAGAAGAUUGCUUUCUUGAAUUUACGAAAUUGCUGCAAUCUAGUUAUCAUUGACUUUGGCCUUGUGGGUAAUAUGAGUUCUCUAAGAGUUCUUCAUCUCUCGGGUUGUUCUAAGCUUGAAAGCACCCCAGAUUUUACAAGGGCAACACAUCUUGAGUACAUUGACAUGGAUGAAUGUUCAAGCUUAUCCACUAUUCAUCAAUCUAUUGGAGUCCUUUCAAGUCUUACAUUCUUGAGUUUGAGAAAAUGCAGAAAGCUUGUGAGUAUACCAAAUGAUAUAAAUUCCUUGUUAUCUCUACAAACUCUAGAUUUAUGUAGUUGUUCGAACCUUACCGAUCCUACCAAGACAAGCUUCUUCAUCUCAUUUGAAAUCCUUGACUUAAGUUUUUGCAAUUUACAAGAAGUAAAUGAAGCUAUUAGAGAGUUAAGAUGUCUGGAAAGACUGAAUCUACAGGGAAACAAUUUUGUUUCAGUACCUGAUUUCUUCAGCGGGCUUCCUCGUCUAGCAUAUUUAAACUUGUCUUAUUGUCAUAAACUUAAAUCUUUGCUUAGGAUUUGCUUUAAAGGAGAUGGAUCAGGAGGGAAGUAUUUUAAAACAGUAUCUGGAUCUCGUGAUCAUAGAUCAGGCUUUUAUCUUUUUGAUUGUCCCAAUGUGGCUCUAGAGAAGGAGAAUCUUGAGAUUUUCAAACUUGAAUGGUCUCUCCAACUAAUGAAGGAACCCUGUAAUUUUCGGUGUGGCUUUGACGUUGUUGUUCCUUGGAAUUUGAUUUCCACCUUUAUUCAGUGAAACAUUAAGGGGGAUUCAAUUAUAAGAAUACUUCAAUGUGGCACCAAUGACAACUGGAUUGGGUUUGCUUUUUGUGUUGUAUUUGAGGGAAACAAUGGUGAUGCGGCUGUUCGAUCUUCGCCACACUCUUCAUUUUCACAUCCACUUUAUCUUUCCUUUGAAAAUGAAUACACAGAAGAGUACUUUGAUAUGCGACUUAAUCUAGAGGCGCUUCAAACGAACGGAUCUGCACAUAUUUGGAUGAUUUACAUCAGUCGAGAACACUGUCAUUUUGUGAAAACAGGAGCGCAUGUCACAUUUAAAGCGCAGCCAAAUGUUAAGAUCAAUGCAUGGGGGAUGAGAGCUAUACUCAAACAAGAUAUACAUGACUUCAAAGUAGGGAAAUACGUACUACUCUCCCAAUUAAAUCGUGAUCAUGUCCCCUUUGAGUAUGUAGAAAAAAACAUUGAUGGGUCAGGACCUAAAAUCCAGCUUCCUUAUAAUUGGUUUGUCACAGAAGAAGAAGAAGUUGAGAAUAUUGAUGCAAAGGCAAAAGAAAAUAACCUUUCCAAUGCGGGACUUUAAGUUGCUUGUCAGAGAUAUAAAUAUUGAAGCUCAGAAGCAUUUUUUGGGAUCCCAUGAAACUCACCCGUUCUUGGUUGUUCUUCUCUCCACUGCGUACACAAGGCAGAGAAGAAUCUUAUGAUGUUGAAUCAAAACAAUAGCUUCUGCGCAGAGAAAGAUCUUUCAGUUGUAGCUGUAGAAACUAGAAAAGUCAUGGUAAGACGAAGUAAUCUAUCUAUCAAGUAGUAAACUUCAGACUUUUUUGUUGUUGCCAAACAUGUACAUAAAUUUUGCAUUGUUGAUAAAUUCUUCAAAUUUGAAUCUUGACGAGCAUCAAUAAUGAAAUAUUGAAGUUAAAAA